AUGUUAAUACAGAAAACACCCAAGAAAUUUUCUUCAUUAUUUCAAUCCUCGGCUACCAUACUCUCUAUCUUAUUUAUCAUUUCAUCAUUAUUUCAACAAGUAAAUCCACAUAUAAUUUCAGAUUCAGAUGAAUCAAUUUCGGAUAUAAAUCAAAUGUUAAUACGUCGUCAGCCAAAACAUCCCAGAAAACGUCCAACUCAGCAAAAAAAUAUUUGUGAAGCUGAAUGUUGGGCUGCUUUAUCUGUGAUUGGAAUUCUUGUAUUAUUUUGUUUAACUUGUAUUAUACAUGAUUAUGUGGUACGAAAACGAAGAAGAAGAUUGGAUGCCAUAAGGAAGGCUGCCGAAUUAGAAAGCGUAACAAUUGCUAAUCUAUUUUCGGAAAAAUCAAAUGGCAGAGAGAUGUCGAGAGAUCAACAAAUGAGAAAUAUUAGGGCUGUAAUGAGACAAAUGAAACAAAAAGGUGAAAAAAGCGAAACUUUAGUUGGUGAUGAAUCGGUUGAGGAUACCGCAAGUGAGGAUGACCCAAAAACUCCAGACGAUCAAAUGUUACCUGGAUUUGAUAAAGGAAAACGAAAGGAAAUUAUGGAUUAA